AUGUGUCACCACUGCUUCGACAACAAGCGUCAAGACAGCGCUCCUCCGAGCAUGCGAUCAAAAGACGUCGCUCGCCGAAGAUUAGAAGAAGCAGCUCGCUUAGAAAGAGAAAGAGCCGAAGAGGACGAAGAAGAAGAGGAAAAGGAAGAGAAGAGGCGUCUACCAAACAAGACAUCUGUUCAAGCCGCACCCAGUCACGAUGGCGCUCCAAUCUUUGCCGCCUACCAGAUCCAUGACGACACCCCUGAAUCCGACGUAACCGCGCUUCGAGCUCUACGUCCAUCACUUGGUUUCGUCGUGUACGACACGACGGAGACUGCCCGUCCCACCCGUAGCGCUCAGCUUGCCAGCGCGCUGUUUGACCACACCAAGACUAAGCGGACGAAGAUCCGCUACGGAGCGGAUCGCAUCGAGGUCAUCACACUGCCCCUGUCCAUCACUCUCUCCCUCGACCAGCGCGCCGAGGCCGCUUCGUGGUUCCUCGCCGAGCGUAUCAUGGAUCGACAUUUUGCGCGUAGGGCUUUCGUAAUUGAUCGUAUCAAGGAGGACGGAGACGGAGACGAGGACGAGUCCGCCGCGAUGGCCUCAUGA